GAGCGUGUUAAGAUAGCGUCCGUCCUCUUCGUCCGAGACGGCAGCCGAAAGGGGGGACAAAAAAAAAAAAAAAUAGAAGCGAAAGAAGUGGAAGGAGGAGGAGGAGGCGACGCUGAUCCGGGAGUACUCGGGGCUUCUCUCGGGGGGCGCUCUGGCGAAGCUGCGCACCCGGGAGAAGAAGUUCCAGCCCAUCGCGGACCGCGUGAACGCCCUCCACCACCACCGCGAUCCCGUCGCCUUCCCCUUCCGCUGGUCAUGGCGCGACGUCUCCAUCAAGAUCCAGAACAUGCGCCACCAGUACCUCAACGUCAAGCACAAGCUCCUCCACCUCCCUCCUUCCUCCUCCUCCGGCCCAGCCGCUGGCUUCGAUUGGGACCAGGGUGUCCACCUCUGGCCCAACUUCCUCCUCUACAAGGAGGUCUUCGGCGACCACGACCUCGAACCCCCCAAGAACUCCUCCGCCGUAUCCUCCGACGACGACGAAGAGGAGGAAUUGGAGGAGCCCGAAUUGGCCGCGGAGGACGAGGAAAGAGAGGACGAAGAACGGAUCCCAAGCGCAUGCGAGCGAGAGGAUUUCAAGGGUUUCGAGGACGCCGGGGAGAACCCGGAGCAGGAGGACGAGGAGGUAGGGAUAGGGUUAGGGUUGGGGCAGCAGCGGUGUCGCGGCGGCGGCGGCGGGAGGUUGGGAGUUAUCGGGUCGAGAGUGGUGGGGCUGGCGGAGAUCUCGAUGAGGAGAGAGGAGCGAAGGAGGGAGCGGGAGGCGGCGAGGGAGGCGGAGGAUUGGGAGCGGCGGCGGCGGCGGCGGCGGAGGCGGGAGAUGCAGCAGCGGAGGGAGGCGGACGCGGCGGCGGAGGAGGAGGAGGAGAGGAGGAGGGAGCGGCGGUGGAGGAGGAGGAUGGAGGAGAGGAGGGAGGAGGAGGAGAUGGAGUGGAGGGAGAGGCUGCUGGGGAUGCAGAUGGAGCACGAGAAGCAGGUGAUGCAGAUGCAUGCUGAUGCCUGCCAGGCCCAGAUGCAAAUGAUUGGCAUAUUGAUCAGGCUAGUAUGCCAAUUCCUUGGCGCCGGUGCCGGUGGCAGUGACGGCGGGCUUGGGGGGAUGCCGCACCCAGUGAUGCAGCAACAGCAACAGCAGCAGCAGCAGUCGCCGGAGAGCCUAGUGGGAGAUAAUGGGAAGAACGGCGAUCAUUCCAGCGGACACUAUCUCUAGAUGAUUCUGGAUGAAAUGGUGGCCAAAUUGAGUCAAGUUGGCAAUGUCAAGCCUGGACCUGUAUCCUAAUUCUUUAGAUAUCGGCGGUGUUGAGACAGGAUGAAGACUAUGGCCUUGAAGACCUCGAUCAGACCCUAUCCAGCAGGCUCUGGACAUGCUGAUGCCAAGAGACAAACAACAUUGCGAUAUUUUGACUUGAUCUAUUGCCAAAGUCGAGAUUCCUUGUUUCGGGGACAUGCUUCCAAGAACACAAAUCAUAUGAGGCAGGCACUAGAGAAAAAUUAUGAGACUUGCUUCAUAGUCUAUCAUGUUUCUCUUAACAUCAAUCUCAAAGAUUAAAUCUAAAAAUCAAAGAUUUUUUUUCCUUUUAACUAACGGAGUCAUCAAUCCUGUGAUUUUAAAAAAUAUAUGAUAUUCUCUCACCUCAUUUUUAGCACA